ACUCUCUCUCCUCCUGCCUUGUGUCUGUGAGCUUCAAAUCCCAGCCUGUACCUCUGCUCGCUCGCUCUCUCUCACUCUCUACUCAAACCAUGUCCAUUCAGCAGACCUACUCCAUGCGCACCUCCUCCUCCGGCAGCAGCAGGCCUGUUGGAGGAGGUUCCUUCACUCGUACCUCUGGUCCUGUCUACAGAGCCAACACCAUCCAUGGCAUAUCUGGGGGCAGCCGCAUCAGUGUCUCCUCCGCCCGUGCUGGGCUCGGAGCAGGGAUGCCCCUUGCUUCUGGAGUCUCAGGAGGCUUCUCCAGCAGCGUCCAGGUGAGUGGCAACAGCGCCGACAUCAUGGGCAACGAGAAGUUCGCCUUGCAAAACCUCAACGACCGCCUGGCCAACUACCUGGAGACGGUGAGAAACCUGGAGCAGGCCAACAACAAGCUGGAGCUGAAGAUCAAGGAGGCACUGGAGAAGAGUGGACCAGACUUCAGGGACUACAGCAAGUACCAGGCCAUCCUGGAUGACCUGAGAAGGAAGGUGUUUGAUGCCACUACCGACAAUGCCCGUCUGGUUCUCAACAUCGACAAUGCUCGCCUGGCAGCCGAUGACUUCAGAGUCAAGUACGAGUCGGAGCUGGCUAUCCGCCAGUCGGUGGAGGCUGACAUUGUGGGUCUGAGGAAGGUCAUUGAUGACACCAACAUGAGCCGCAUGAAUCUGGAGAGUGAGAUUGAAGCCCUCAAGGAGGAGCUGAUCCAUCUUAAGAAGAACCAUGGAAAUGACGUAAUGGAACUCCGUAACCAGAUUGCUCAGUCUGGAGUCCAUGUGGACGUUGACGCUCCAAAAGGACAGGACCUGGCACAGAUCAUGGCAGAAAUUAGGGCCAAAUACGAGAAGAUGGCACUUCAGAACCAGGAGGAGCUGAAAACAUGGCAUGAAGCACAGAUGACGGAAGUGCAGACCCAGGUGACCAUGAACACAGAGGCUCUGAAGGGCGCUCAGACCGAGGUGAACGAGCUACGAAGACAGAUCCAGACCUUGGAGAUAGAGCUGGAGUCCCAGAAGAGCCUGAAAGCAUCUCUGGAGGGCACACUGAGGGACACAGAGAUGCGUUACAACAUGGAGAUGGAGUCGCUAAACAACAUCAUUAUGAGCCUGGAGGCGGAGCUUACGCAGCUGCGUAACAACAUCCAGCAGCAGACACAGGAUUAUGAGCAGCUGCUCAACAUGAAGAUGAAGCUUGAGGCUGAGAUCGCCACCUACAGGAGGCUGCUGGACGGCGGAGACUUCAAGCUCAUGGAUGCUCUGGAGGACCAGAAGUCCGUCAAGACUAAAGUGAUGACGGUCACACAGACCAUGGUGGACGGGAAGGUGGUGUCUUCCAGCACAGAGACCAAGACUCUGUAAAGACGAGCAGACACAGCUACAUCACAACUCUCCAAAUUUAUCAUCAUUUAACAAUACUCACAUCUGAUUGGCCAAACCCCCCUUUUUUGUAGUCAAUUGUCACUAAAAAACAUUAGCCUACUUUCGUUUUAGGCAGCUCCUUAACAGAACAGCAACUGGAUCAGAAAGAAACUAAAACAUCAUCUUUAUUUAUUUCAUCAUCAUGUUAUUUAUGUCUUCAUUCAUUGACGGAUAGACGUUAGGACUCAGGAUUAGAGAGAUGUCAGCUGCACCACAGACAAGUACUUUUACUAAAACAGAGUAUACUUUAAAAAAAAAACAGAGAGAAGAAGAAGAAGAAGAAAAGAGUCCAGUUACAAGCAAAGUAGUUUUUUCUUUUUGUUGUUAUCAAAUUGUUUCUGUCACCUGUGGUUUUCUUUUCUGACCAGUUUAAGUCUCUCCUGCUGGCUGUGAUCUUCAAGCAUGUCAAUAAAGGUCUGUUUCAUCGUUUUC